GUUUUUUUUUUGGCUUUUUGGUAAGGCCAAAUAGAGAAUUGUAGGAGGAGAAUCAAGAGGGGGCUACGAUUUACUUCAUCGUUUGAUUUGAAAAUUCUGAGGUUCUCCAGGGAAGUCAGGAAGUAAAGCUAUGGACUUGGCUCUUCAUUUUCCUUGUGUUUACCCGAUGAUUAAACAAGGAUUCAGGAGAGCCACUCAUCUUCCUCUUCGAGAUUCUCCUUCACCAAGCUUUGGUCAGAGUCUUUCAAGGACGGUAUUUAAUGGCGAUAGAAGAAGCUGGCCUCAAGAAGAUGCUUCUUCUUCUUCAAGUGGGAGAUCCAAGAAAGGGUCUGUUUGUUGCAAGAAACGGUCUGAUGAACGGAGCUCAAGCCCGAGUAAAUCAAAGCAAGAGGAGAUCAUUUCUCUCUUCAGACGGAUUCAAUCUUCGAUCUCCAAAGGAGAUUCUCAGGGAGCUGAGGAGAAGAACCGCAACGGGUCUUCUGAGAGAGAGCCGCUGAGCAAAGCUAUUCUUGACGUUCUUGAGAAACCAAGAAAGAAACCCGAGGGAGAUACUGGUGUGAAGUCGGAGCCACCAAAGAGACAAGGAAACGUAGCUCGGCCACCGUCUAGUGUUGCUAAGAGAUCUCCUGUGGGACCUUCUACUUCAGGUCCAAGAGGUAAGCUUCCAAUAUCAAAGAGCGAUAAAGCUUUGGAAGAAACAGCGAAGGAAGAAAAACCUCCAUUGAUAGAAACUAUGAAACUUGCAGAGCUCAAAGAAGUUGCAAAGAAGAGAGGAAUCAAAGGGUACUCAAAGUUGAAGAAGAGUGAGAUUCUGGAGCUACUCAGAUCACAUUUUUAACUUUCAGACAUACUCUCUUUGACAUGCAAAUCAGAGAACAAUAUAUGACUUGGAUUGUUUAAA